UUUAAAACAGCAGAAAAAUGACAAAGUACAGUCAAAAUAUGAAAACCCUUAACAACAAUGACAAAUAUCAGUCAAACCAAAGUUCCUACUUCAGUCAUCAUCAGAAUCAGCAACCAGCGAAUUUUAUGAAUUACACAAACUACACAUUUAACAAACUCCGACUGGACAACAACAGCGAUGGAGCCAACAGUUGCAAUAGCAGCACAAAUUUAUCACAAUCCGACAUCGAUGAAAAUAGUCUUAGUUCGGAAGAGCACAUCCUCGCACCGAUGGCCGUUUGCAUGGCGGGUCAAAAUAGUGGGAGACCGUGCUUAGCUUGGGCCUGCAAGGCAUGCAAACGCAAGACUGUCUCCGUGGAUCGGAGGAAAGCUGCGACAAUGCGAGAAAGAAGGCGUUUGAGAAAAGUCAACGAAGCUUUUGAGAUCCUGAAACGACGAACAAGUACAAAUCCCAACCAAAGAUUACCCAAAGUAGAAAUUCUACGGAAUGCCAUUGAAUAUAUUAUUAGUUUAGAGGAUCUGUUACAGGACUCACCUCCCAACAUCAAAGACACAUCAAACACCAUCAUGGAUAACUCAUCAUACAAAUCAUCACCUCAAGAAUAUGUCAAUUGUUCGAAUGCAUAUCUGAAGGAAAAGUUACAACAAUUAAGCAAAGAUACGGACAGAUUCACUCCAAUAACAGGUUAUUCACCAUCGUCGUCCGCGUCAACGGCAAACAAUUCUAGUCUGGAUUGCCUGAGUUUGAUUGUACAAAGUAUCAACACGCCUGCCUCGCUGCCAGCUGCUAAUACCACAACAAGUGUUCCCUCGAUCGUCAUUUCGCCGCCAGAUCUCAAGGCGACCAAAAUGAAUUAUUUAAAAUUUCAGCAAAAAUGUGCAACGGAAGCGUGAUUCGUAGAAAAAAACAUGAAAUUCUUACAUAGUAUUGUUAAUUUUUAAUAUUAGACGACAGAUUU